GCCGCGCGGUCACACUCUUCUGUGUAUCAAAACUGUUGUUGAUUUUUUGUGCAGAAAAACGGCUCUUGGCUUCUACCAUUCUACCAGGGCGUCGCAUUGUGUAACUCGAGUGGAGGUCGCAUAUCCAAAGGCGCCAUAACAGGGAAACAUCUGCGGGAGCAGAGCAGGAGCCGGUGCAGAGCAGUCGAUGGACUACGAGAAACUGGCGUUGAACGCGGGCGGAAGCGGCAGCGGUGCCGAGCAGGAUUUGGGCAUGUGCGGUGGUCAGGAGCUGCUCGAUGGCAGGGGCAAGGAGAAGUCGCGUCGCUACUGGACGCCCAGCGAGGAGGAGCGCCUGUACGAGAUCUGGGGUCGCGACAACUGGCGCCUGACGCGCACCGGCAAGAACACCAUCUUCUUUGGCCGGUGGGCCGAGGAGCUGCGUGACCGGUUCGCCGUGGACGUGAAGCCCGAGGAGAUCCAGAUGAAAGUCAACCAGACCAGGGCCAAGUUCAGGCAAGUCAAAAAACAGCUGCAGGCGGAUCCUUCGAGCCAUGCUACGCGCUGGAAGAAGUACGACAUCAUCAAUCGCAUCCUGAAGAACCUGCACAGGCCCAAGAACGCCGAUCCGCUGCCGCCAGAGGCGCUGCUCAACAACCGCGACAUGACACCGCCCCGGGAUGAUGCGUCCGCCGAGCAGUUGCAGCAGCAGCAGCCACAGCAGCAAUCCGUUCAGCAGCAGCAGCAGCAAGGCUUGGGACUGGCCGGUGAGCCGAGCACUGCCACCUUUUACAAUAGCAGCAGCAAUAGCAAUCACGGCAGCAGCCACAACAACAACACCAGCGGCGGAAUUAGCUUCAGCACGGAGCUGUUCACGGACCAGUACGACGAGGUGGUCAAGCAGGAGUACGAGGACGAUGAGUACCGCUCCAUUCCCUUUCAGGAGCAGUUGCAACAGUAUUCACCAGCCGAGCCGGCUCAGCUGCUCGAGCUGCAGACGCCACAGCAGCAGCAACAACAACAGCAGCAACAACAGCAGCAGUUCCAAGCAAACUAUGAGCCGCAAUUUCAGCAGCAGCCGGCUCAAUUCACUAACAACAGCGUCAUUAGCACUGCGGCCACAUCGACCGUCAACCACCAGCCCAUUACGGCGGUAGCCUAUAUCAAUAGCAGCAAUAACACCAUCAGCGUGGCCACAAACGCAAACGGAGGAAUGCCAGCGCCGGUGCCCGCACAGGUAUCAGCACCGGUUCCGGCUGCAGCUCCAGUUCCGACCACCAACAACGCCGUAGUUGGCGCCUCCCCCGUCCCUGUGCCACGGAAGCGCGGUCGUCCAUUCGGAUCUGUGAAUCCCCCACACGCAGAAUCGCUGGAGGUGCUCUACAUGGAGGAAGUUAGGCGAAAGAACCAGCUGCUCUACGAACAGACCAAGAUAUGUCGGCAGCGACUGGAGCUGGAGGAACGCAAGGUCGACCUCAUGCAGACCUUCUUCCCCAAGUGUCUCGAGCAGCAGGCGCAGAUUCUAAGCCACGUCAUUCAGCUUCAGCAGCGCAAUCAACAUCCUGCGGCCCAGCGGCCGCAGUGAACUUUUCCGACUUUUCUAUACCUAAAUUUUGGACCGCAGUGCAUGAACAUUUGUUUUCAGAUACUGGGUUGCUGCAACAUGCCGCUUCGCAGGCUGAUCGGUGCCACGAAACUUAACAAAAAAACAUGCAACACUGUUUGUAAGAUUAAAAAUAAACUUAAAUAAUAAAUAUAUUUAAAACACGAAAA